AUGGGCAACUCCUGCUUUGGCCUCAAGGAAAAGCUGCUGCAGCUGCUGCGACCUCAGCCCACUCUGCUCAUCAUGCCCCAGAGGAAACCCAACGAUCUCUGCAUAGUGAUCCUCGGCUCCCCUGAUGUCGGCAAGAGUUCACUGGUGAAGAGAUGGGUGAGCGGCUACUUCCGUGAAAAGUAUGUGCCAACUAUGGAAGAUACCUACCAGGAUGCUGGCAGCUCUCUCAGCGUGAGCAGCACGCUGCAUAUUACCGACACUGCUGGCGGUCACCGCUACCCGGUUUUGCAGAGCCUCACCAUUUCCAGGGGCCAAGCCUUCCUCCUGGUCUACUCUGUAACCAGGAAGCAAACUCUGGAAAAGCUGAAGCCCUUCUAUGAGCUGAUCCACGAGGUCAAAGGAAGAAACCUGGGUAAGUACCCUCUCGUGCUGAUAGGCAACAAAUGUGACGACAUCUACCGCUGGGAGCUGAGCGCCGCAGAUGCUGUCGGCUUUGCCAUGGAGUGGAAUUCCACCUACCUGGAGACCUCUGCCAUGAUGGAUAUCAAUGUGCAGGAGAUGUUUCACUUGCUGCUGAACCCGGAGGAAAAGCAGCCCGCCGCCAGUGCCCAGCCUACCCAGAAGAAAUCUCAGAUGCCCAAUAUCGUGGGGAAGCUGUUGGGUAAGUGCAUCAUAAUGUAA